GGGAGGCGCGGCACUCCGGAGCGGUAUUUCGUCGCGUGACGCCGUGGCGUUCGCAUCGAUUCGAGGCGACGUAGAACGGCGCGAACGUAGACGGACAAGGGCGGACAAGAGAGGCGCACGGCCGAAAAUCAAUCCCGGCUCGUGGGAUCGGGUUGCUCGCGGCUGCGGCGGCGAGAAACAACGGGGGUGGUUUUCCACGGGGGUUUUCACGAGAGGAGCAACGACGACGUUCGAAGACGAGAGAAAGACGGCGAGACCUGCCGCGAUGCUGAAGAAAUUACUCGGCAAGUCCGGCCGCAGGAUCUUGCGGGCGAUUAAGAAGUUGUCCACCAGGAGCCACAAGGCCAAAAGGUCACGCAACCCCAGCUCCUGGCACACGGCCAUCCCGGACCUCGAGACGACCUCGCUCUCAUGGUCCCUGCCGUCCUUGGACGCCAAGAGCAUCGACACGUACAUGACGUACGUGGGCGAGAAUCAGGAGGACUGCACGUCGAACUGUUGCUGCUGCGAGUACGAGGAGAACCAGAGGAACGAGAACCGGGAGAACGAGAUGAUAAUCUAACGUUCGUGCCGCUAGGCGACCCCCGGUCUUGCUUGUCUCGCGAUCGAAUUCGCCGGCGAUUUUCCUCCGAGGGGGUGGAAAGAGUGUCGGCUCGGUUUCCCCUCGAGAGAGGGUGGAAAAAGAGUCGGUCGCACGCGCGUCGAAUUCGAAACGAAUUAUUUAACCCUUAACUGGUGAGUACGAGUAGCUCGUCCGUCGCUUCUUUUUCUUCCGUUCUUUUUUUUUUUGUCCCGCUCCCCUCCUCCCUCCCUUCCCCCCACAAAAUUGGUCCGUAACUACGACCGUGACGGUAGCCGGAACGACGGCUCUGUCAAAGGGAAUAUCCAAUCUGCAACCGGUUAAGGGUUAAUCACGAUCCCUCCGUAAUCCGUUCCACGUCAUACACACGUACAUGCACAUGCACACGCACACUUACACGUAACAUGGGGAGCGCUACCAUAUUUUUCGAAAUGCGUGUCGUAUAUCAAGAAGAUAAAAGGAGCUCUGUGGCUGGACCUCGGAUCAUAUGUUAUAACAGUAUCUCGAUUCCUACAGCGUAUAAUCGAGAGAUAAGAAUGCGGAGGAGAGACGAGACGUUUUAUUUUCCCAGUUAGUCUUCCAGUCUAGAUUUAUUUUCUAGCGCCGACUUAAUUUUUUUUUCUCUUUUUACAGCGCGAGUGGCUUUUUACGCGGCUCGCGCUCCUCCCCGAUCUCACUUAGCGUUGUUAAUUUUACAAGAUAGAUGUACUUUAUUUAUUUCGUUCUUAUCGCAAUAAUUGAGUCGGCCGCGAUUGCGGGCGCGAUUGUUUAUCGAUUAAAUUGGUCCGCUCGUAAUCGUAGCGCCGGCCGUGUUUUCUCUCUCUUUCUCUCGUUCCUGAUUUUGUACAAGUGAUGAAAAGAGCGGCGCGAUAUUCUGCGCAUCAUCGUCUCUUUCGAUAUAGAGAAUAGCAAUAUGUGACGUAGUACAAAAAAAAAUAUACAUAUAUAUAUAUACACACACAUAUAUCGCCUAGCGUGUAUCGACGAACGUUUGCGGGAGAAUGACGUCCGAAAUACGACAGGACUUUUCCAUCCGUCACUCGCGCGGUUUUAUCAUAUCGGGUCUAACUCGUGGAUCACUAUUUUGCAAUAUACUGUUUUCGGUGUCACGAACCGUUUUUAGGUAAUCAAUUAUUUACUCUCGGGUCUGUACACACGGACGUGUAUGCGAGACCUUUUAACUGUCCGACUGUCCAUUUCGUACCGAUGUCUAUUAAUUUUAAUCUCGGUUUAACGCAUCCUUUAUUUUUCUCUAAUUUUUAGAAUUGAAAAAAGAAAAAAAAAAGAUAAAAAGCAAAUUAAACCGAUAUUAAAAUAAAUCUCUACAUUGAUAGAAAUGGACAGGUAAUUUAUAUCUCUAAUUAUAAAUCUCCGAAGGGAUUUCGGGAAAUGUUUAGAUUAGCGAAUUAUUAGAACGAUAAUCAUAAGAUAAUCUUAGGGUAACGAAGAAAAUUAAAUUAUUUACUUUUUCAAUCAAACUUCUCGUGCACUGACACAUAUCUCUCUGCGGCACUUGGCGUUGUAUACGUAUCGACGAAUCAAAAUAGAGGAAGAAAUUUUGAUCGAGUGAGAAAUAAAGUAAGAGUAAUUCGAUCGAGUCUCGAAUAGGAUGUACACUUCGAUUAUAAUUAGUACCCAUUUAUCGGAGACACGAAGAUAUUGCGAAAGGGGAUUCGACUUUCCGAAUUCGAUGUCGUCGAUUACUUUUAUGCCAUGUAAAUCGUUCUAGGUGUUUCGCGCGGUCAAGGUGCACCCGUUAGAUUAGCUAGCUGAGAUACCAACUGAUCCUUGAUACAGGUAAACUUAUUAGAUUUCAAUUCUUUAGAGAGGAGCAUUUCGUGCUUCUUGCAAGCGACUUUUAUCUUCACACCUCACCGAGAAUCAAUUUACACGAAACGGCCCUUUCGAGUAGAGUUUACUUUGUAUUUAUCUCCCGCCGAGGAGCGUAUCGAGGAUACUUACGCAAUAAAUCGCACCGGCCUGAUCAUUCGAACCGAGUUCUUCUAUUUCCGAUUCCGUUUUUUCCGGCAUCUUUGCUCAAAGCGCGCAGAGCCGAUCUUCACUGGAAAAAAAAAAAAACUUAGCGAGAAUGCGUUUUCGAUUCUUCCUUACAGGUUGACUCGUAAGAGGAAGAACAAAAGAAGAGCUUUAAUGACUUAUAUCUUAUAUAUGUAUACAUAGAUGCAGAAUUUAUAUAUAUACACACAUACAUGUACGAAAAAGAGGAAAACCACAAAUAUGGAUGAUGCGUGUUGAUAUACUUUAUCGUCUCGAUAAGGCUGUGACUUUGUAAAGAGGAUGUGAGUGUCAUAAAUAAAAUGGUUUUAUUGACGA